AUGGAGAGGCUUCCCUCGAACACGAUUACAGAGCGGGAGAUCACUAGUUUCCAAGAAAAUGGGGCCAUUUGUUUACGAGCUGUGUUCAAUCAGAAGUGGAUUGAUCUCUUGCGAAGAGGAAUAGAAUACAAUCGGCUCCACCCAUCCGACAUGACGAAACGCAAAGGGCACUCGCCUCUGUUCUUUCAUGACUACAACAACUGGGAAAAUAUCCCAGAAUACAAGGAGUUUGUUCUCCAUUCCCCAGUGGGAGAGUUGGCAGGACGACUUGUUCAGUCUGCGGUAAGGGAGAUUGCCAGUCUUUUGUGUGCAAGGUGUUCCCGUUCCAACCGGACGUUUGACACACUAACUGUGACGUAUUAGUGAUUAGUAACAGGGAGGGGGGGGGGGGUUGGGGGGGGGUUGAGUGUGGAGUUGAAUAGCAUUUUUAUGUUAUAGCAAUUAAUAUCAUACCGGAAAGUUAAUUGAAAUUGGUUUCAACUUUACUUAUGGAACAACCACAUAAAUAAAUAGAUAUUACAUUUUGAGUAUCUUGCUCGAUAGAAAUAAAUGUACAUGGGGAGUUCGUCUCCGCUCGGGGUUUUCAUCAACCAAGCCCUCUACAUUUGAAUAAAUACAGUAUGAUCGUCAAUGGACCAAUCCCCAAUUAACCAAAAUUUUGAACUCAACAAGUCUAGACAAAAAUUUCAUCACAGAUUGAAAGAGCCUCACAAAAUUGGUAAUAUUCCAAAGUUUCGUUGCAAAAUGUUGUAAAAUGCGGAUAAUAUAUUAUAGCCUUGCGAAGUUUGCAAUUUUCAGUCAUUUUAGAUUACAAACGGGAAAUGUGCGUAAUACAAAACGACUGAAAAUUACAAACUUCGCAAGGCUAUAUUAUCCGCAUUUUACAAUAUUUCGCAACGAAAAUUUGGAAUAUUACUAAGUUUGUGAUGCUCUUUCAAACUGUGAUGAAAUUUUUGUUUAGGCUAGUUAAGAUCAAAAUUUUGGAAAAGUGGUAACCGUUUCCCGCUCGUAAAUGUAAUACAAAAUGACUGAAAAUUGAAACUUUCGCAAAGCUAUAUUAUCCGCAUUUUACAACAUUUCGCAACGAAACUUUGCAAUAUUAUAAAUUUUGUGAUGCUCUUUCAUGCUAUGAUGGAAUUUUGUCUAGACUUGUUGAGAUAAAAAUUUUGGUUAAUUGGGGAUUGGUCCAUUAGCCUUUCUCACGCCGCCAUUUUUGGGUGGCUUUUCAGCCGAAGUCUGCGAGAUAAGUCCACAUAACAGCGACUUUUUAUAUUUUUUUGGACGAAUGAUGAUAAAUUUGCUUUGUAAAUGGUUAGUUUAUUUUGAAAAAUUGCUUUUCACAUUGUUUUAAUUGUCUCAUUUGUCUGCAUUGGUUAACGAGAAUUACAUGCCAACCAAAAAUGGCGGAUAUUCGUCAUCGUGAGACAGGCUAAUUGGACGCCAACGAGUUCUCUGAUCGACGUUGUAAAUCUUCCUAGACAAUCGCGCUGUACUCCAAUCACGUUAUUGUGAAAGACAGCGGCUCAACCAGAGAAACGCCAUGGCACCAAGAUCAGGCUUACUAUAAGAUCGACGGACAGCAGGGAAGUAUUGAUUGA